AAAUUUCAACUCUCAGGAAGUGAGGCCGGUUUCACAUAAUGAUUGGGGCGGCAACAAUAUACAUAACUAUAUCAAUAUGAAAAUCACUAUUGGAGAAAAAGGACUAGAGCCUAAUGUAACCUAUUUUAGAGCCAAGAAAUAAAACAAUUGUAGACUGCCGGCUGUUGGCUACACCAAUAAACACCACUACAAUCAUUGAGAAUAUAGUGAGAUCCAAAAUUCCACAUUGGCAUUGCUUUGAUAUAAGUAGAGGCAAGGCAUCAUUCUCUAGCAUUCACUUUGAUCACUGAGUUAUUUUCAGCAUUAGCUAACAUAACAAUUCUUAGAGAUGGCUAUUUCAAGUCAUGUUAGGUCCAUUAGUUUUCCUUCUCGAUCACAGCCAGAGUAUCUCAAAGUUGAGAUUGAGCUAAACAGGCUAAAAACAUGGGAAUCAUCAUCAAUUUCUUCAACAGCAACUCCUCUUACUUUAAACAACAUUCAAGAAGGCAUUGUAGGGCUAGCAGAGUUGUAUAAUUGUGUUCAAGAUCUUCUCGAGUCCCCGACAACUCAACAAGCUCUCCUCAAACAUCAAAUGGGAAGAUUAGUAGAAGAAGCUCUUGAGUCCUCUGUUGGAUUAAUAGACUCGUGUGGCUCGACGAGGGAAUUAGUCUUGAUGAUGAAACAACAAGUGCAAGAUCUUCAAUCAGCACUGAGGAGAAAAGUUGGAGACUCAAGUACACAAAAUUGCUUCGAUGCAUAUAUUAGUUUUAGAAAGAAAGUGAAGAAAGAUAUAGCCAAGAACCUCAAAGCACUAAAACAAAUAGAAAACAAGAUAGAAUCAUCUCCUUUAUCUAAGCUAAAUGCAGUGUUAAGAGAAGUAUCUGCUUUGACCAUCUCAGUACUAAGAUCCCAACUAUCUUUCUUGUCCGCGCCAGCUUCAAAGGCGAAGAAAAACGGGUGGUCAUUGAUAUCAAAGAUGCUUGUCACAAAGUCAAUGACUUCUAAAGGAGAUUUAAAUACAAUCAAUGAGGUGGAAUGUGUUGACUUUGCUCUUUGUUCUAACAUUCAUAUAAGUAAUUUUAAAGUUGAUGUACCAAUGAUCCAGAGAAAGUUGCAGAUAUUAAAUGCUGGUCUUCAGGGUCUUGAGGCUGGGACAGAUAGCUUGUCAAGGCUAUUGAUCAGAAACAGAGUCUGCCUCCUUAACAUCCUUACUCCUUAGAAGAUAUUGUACAUUAGUAUUAAGGCAUCCAUUUUUGUAAAGAUAUGCCUAUUCUUGAAAACCUAUUUUGUAAGAUAUGGAAGUGAAAUAUGCACGGCAGAGUUCAAUC